AUGGAGUGGCCAUCCCUUGGAACAGGUAGCAUGCUUUACUCCAAAUUUGCCCCCGACAAAAUCGAUUGGACUAGAGCUAGCCGGAUCGCAGACAAGCCCGCUUCCCGGCCACAUGGGACUGAUGCACAAUCGAUGUUGAUCCUCCUGGUCGAAGCACCUGAGAGUGAUGAAUUGGCUGUCACAGGUACAGCGGACGACGUGGGUGACGACGCGGCUUCACCAGUGACCAGUAUCAGGUGGCAAGGACUAUGGCAUCUUAUUUCGUUUCUGUCGGGCAGACUCUUAGUUAGCAGAAAUGUGCUCGCCGCCCGUGGGAUUUUGUUCGUAGUUUGCUGUUGGACGAAGCGCGACGGCAGUCGGUUGCUGGACUCAACUUUAUGUCUCUUAUUAGGGUCUCUGGCCACUUUGGCACAGAAGGCAGUCGCGAAGCCGAGUUCCAGCGGACCCAAUUGCUACCUUUCCUUCCGUGGGAAAAGCGAAAAAAAUAUUGACACCGGACGGAAACAACCGCCGACACCCCAAAGUUUAAACGCUAAUCGGCUGCGCCGCCUAGUAAAAGUCGAGACGGCGAUGCCAGCCAGUGCUCAACACUGA